AUGGCAAGUGCCUGUUCAGUGGCAGUGGCCAUCGAUCCGAAGGGGGCAGGCAGUGAUUUUCUAAGAACACCUGCUGCAACCACUUGCAUAUUAGUGACUGUUUCGUUUAUUUGUACUUGUUUUUUAGUAGUUUGUGGAGUUCUCAUCGUCCGAGAAUAUUCUCUGGCGGCCAAAUACGAUUCCACCGAGUGCCACCUAAAAAACGUUAGUUACCUCAGCAGGGAUGUCUCGUGCACCUAUUGCGCCGGUUUCAAGGACAAGAACAAGGACAAGGGAGUUUCCCCGUGCACGCCAUCGCAGUUUCCCUGCGUGCGCAUCACGGUCAGCUACGAACUGAAGGGAAUGUUGAAGGAGGCCCUCAUGCACCCUGACAGCUUGCAAGCCAAUGGCCCCUUUGGACAGUCUAAAAAUACAUUCGAAGCAAGCGUUUUGCAUCAAAAUUUAGCAAGGAAGAAAACAAAUGAGCUUGUAAUCUUGAGUAAGAAAUAUGUUUCGACCAGCCACCGGUGA